AGGGUUGGAUAUAUGUACAUACAUAUACAUAUGUGUUUUUAUAAACAUAACAGUAAAGAUAGUGGAUAGUGGAUAGCCGGGCGUGACGUACUAUCAGGGCCGAUAAGCCCCACAACCGAUCCCAACUGCGCAGCGGCAGCGCCAGCAGCAGCAACAACAACAACAACAACAGCAGCAGCAACAACAACAACAAGCAGGCAAUCAGAACUGCGCCUUGUUAUGAUUUCCACGGAAAUUGGAAACUCCGGAUAAAGCUGGCCAAUCAACUUGUUGCGGGAUCCGCAGCGUCGCCCAGUAUUGAUUUAGCACAUAUAGCUGACAGUUGUGAUUCCGAUUCCCAGCCAGCUGUCUUCUCUGUAUCUGCCCCAAUAUAUAUACAUACAUAAAUAUAUAUUCCAUAAGCGACGCUACGCUACGCUUCUCCAAAAACCGAUACGAUACCAUAUUUGUGUUCGGUUUUCAUUCGUGGAGGGCAUCGAAAGUGCUGUAGGAGGAGGAGGAGGAGAAGGAGGAGGAGGUAGUGGACACCAUACCAUACACAUUAGAGCAAAGCGGAAUUGACGCAAUUGUUGAGAACUAUUUUUAAUGGCCAGCCAGCGGGUCGAAAAUGUACGAAAGUCAUCAAAUAUUCAGAAGACGACAAGCAGUCAAUAAGGAGGAGAGUCAGUGAUUGCCCGGAUUUGGAGUGUCAAUUGGCCGAUGGAAUCGGAGGAGUACGCAGUGGACGCCAUCGCCAUGGAGAGUCGCCACCGCUUGCCACUGUUCCCCAUCGAACCGGAGCCAUGCGCCACGACCACGCAGCGCCUGACGCUCCUGGCCACCAGACUACUGCGUGCACUGCAAUUAAACUGGAGGAUUAUUGUUUCGGGCAUCACGCUGACACUGCUGGCCGUCAUCUGGUAUUAUCCCACCUUCUUUCUGUUCUUCGCCUUCGUGGUCUAUUCUCUGGUCUUGGUCUUUGCUGCUGUGGCCGGCACCGUCUAUAUCCAUUAUAUAUUCACCACCAACGAGCCGACGCCACCGAGUCGCGUGUCCUCGCGACUGCUCUACAAUGCCACCAAGAGCAACAUCUUUGAUCUGCCAAAGCCCAUCAAGAAUCCAUCGAAUCUGCCAUUGAUAUUCGGUAAAACAGUGGAUCUGCAGCUCCAGCAGAUCAUUGAGUAUGUGCUGCGGGACUUUAUGUUGCCCUGGUUGGGGUAUGUGGUCACCAAGCCCAAGCUGAUCAACGAUGUGGUGCGCGAGGAUCUGUGGAAUGCCAUACAGAAGAUUCAUGAGCGGGCCACCAGGAUGGAUGCCGCCAAGAUCAUAGCCGUGGACAUGGUCAACCGGGUGACAGUGCAUCUCGAGAAGAUUCGCAUUGCCGAGGCCAGAGCGGCUGAUACAAAUUCGCCGCCAGUUUUUAGUACCAACUCGUACCUCGCCGACGAGGAGAAGGAGAUGGAAUUCCUGCGCAAGCUGUGCGAGAUUAUGGUGAUCCUGCUGCUGCCUCGCGGCUACUCUUUGCCACCCUUGAAGGUUCUGCUUAGCGAGAUUCUCUCCUACAAGAUAUUCUUUCCGAUGAUCAAAAUGCUAACCGCACCGGACUACAUCAACCAGAAGGUGGUACAGAACAUUGAGACCCGUUUGGCGGCGGCGGCGAUGAGCAAGCGGAGCUACGAGUAUGCAGCCAGCUUCGAGGACUUCCUCAAGAUCAUCAACAACUCGGGCAACCUCGAGGAGCUCUCGCUCAUCCGCAAGAGCAUUGUGAACGACCUGAUGCAUGCCACCACCAUGCAGAACCUGCAGCGUGCCAAAGGCCUCGAUCCGGACCACGAGGACCACUCGCUCUCCAAGUCGGAGCUUACGGCCGCCGUGCGGCUGAAGCGCUACGUCCGCCAGCUCACGAUGGCCAAAAACGAGUGCGAGAAGAACCUGGCCAAGUUCGGCUGGAAUGGCAACUACUCCAGCGAUGUUGACCUGACGCUGGUUGAGAUCCUGAACACGGCGGUGGGCCGUCGCUACUUCACCCUGUUCCUGGAGCCACUGAAGGCGAGCGCCCUGAUCGGCUUCUACCUGGCCGUGGAGGAGAUCAAGCAUGCGCACAAGUCGGUCAGCCACCAGUUGGGCACCGAGAUCUUCUACACGUACAUCCGGGUGCCCAAAUCGGAGAUACAGAUCGACAAGCACGAACGCAAGCUGAUCGAAACGUUCCUGCUGGGCGAUGCCGAUCCGGACAUCUUCUUUGAGAUCCAGCGCAACGUACUGCGCACACUGGAGGAGAAGUACUAUCCGCCAUUCGUGCUGAGCGAUCAGUACCGCCAGCUGAAGGAGGCGCUGGACUCCAAUGAGAUAGCCGAUCCCACGCUGAUGAUGUGCCACCCCAUGGGCGAUGCCCCGGAGCCGCUGGCGGAUGAGCAUCCUGGUGCAACGGAUGGCCUUAAUGGCGGUGCCGGCGGUGCCAUCGAUGUGGCCGCCCACACAUCGUAUGCACGCCGAAAGUUGGAACAAAUACAGGAGCGCAUUGACAAGAAGAACCAGGCGCUGGACGCCCUCAAGUACUCGGUGAAGCCGGAGUCCAAGGUCCUCUCCAUACUCGAGAAGGAGAUGGAGUGGCUGAAGAGCGAGAAACGCCAGACGGAGGCACAUUUGCGGCGCACGGACGCCUGGACGGAGCACCUGGGCAAGUGGAAGGCCACCAUACAGAGUGUGGAGGUAUCCGAUGAGAAGGAAUCGUUGCAGUUCAUGAUCCUGGUGCAUGUGGACGAGGACAUCAAUGCCCCAGUUCAGCCGACGACGUCAUCGAAAAACGGUGACGGCGGCCAUGCCAAUCUUCGCAAGCGUCCCUCGGGCAUCUCCAGUGGCUGGGUGGUGAUGCGCUCCCUCAACCAAGUGCAUGAGUUGCAGCGGAAACUGCGCCACGUUAGCUCCAACCUGAAGGCCAUCGACCUGCCAACGAACUUCAAGUUCUUUUUUCUGAAAACCGAUCGACAUGGCCAAGAGAAGGCCAAGGCACAGAUUCAAAAGUUCUUGAAUUUCAUCCUGGAAGACGACCAUCUGAAUGGCAGCGAGGCCAUCUACACGUUUCUCAGCCCCAGUUCCGAUCACCUGAAGCAAUCGUUGCCCUCGCCAAAGAAGUCCAAGUUCUCGCUGGCCACGCUCUUUCGCAGCGAUGCUGGCAAGGCACACGAGGCCACCAAGGCCACCGAUCCGUUUUGGGGGCUGCAGCGGGACGACGAGGACAUAUCCACGUAUCUGGAUGGCGAGUCGGGCGGAGAGGCCAAAUUGCUGGCUGCCGAUUUGGAUAGCAAGGAUUCGAUAGCGGAACCAAUGUACGCCCUCAUGGGCGAGAUCUUCGACAUGGGCGGUGUGUUCAAAUGGCUGCGCAAGAGCCUCAUCUCCUUUGUCCAAAUCACAUACGGCCGGACGAUCAAUCGCCAGAUCCGUGAGUCGGUGGCCUAUCUCUUCGAGGAGUCCAUGCUGCACAACUACUUUUCGGCCAUCCUCAAGUCAUUUUGGCCGGGCGGCGUCCUGGCCUCCGCCUAUCCAACGCGAUCGGAGGACAUGCGCGAGAUGACGACCACGGCGGCCAAGGCCCUGCUCACCGAUCACAUACCGGAGGUGCUGUGCAACCUGGUCGGCGCCCAGGCGGCCAAGCGAGGUGUCCUCAAGGUGUUCGAGGCGCUGCAGAAUCCCGCCUACAACAAGCAGCUUUUCUACGAGCUGCUCGAGAUACUGAUGAUUGAGUUUUUCCCCGAAAUCCGCCAGCUGCGGGUGAGCAAUGCCAACGGAACCAACGCCAAGUUAAAUACGGCCACCGCUGGAGCGGCAGCUGCCUCAGCAGCGGCGGCACUGGUGGCGGCCACGGCAUCCGCUUCGCUGCCCUCGCUGAACCACAGUGGUGCAUCGGUGGCGGGACACCAGAACCAUCAGUCCGGAUCCUCAGCGACGACGGGCGGAUCCUCGGCGAGCGGAAGCGUCGCCCUCGGCGGUGGAGCAUCAGCCGGGUCGCACCACCAAUCGCACUACCACCACGCAUCCCACCACCACCACCAGCAGCAGCAGCAGCAGCACCACCACCACCACCAUUCGCAGGCGGGCAGCUCCAAGUAGAGUACUUUACUUUAACUUAAGCCUCUGUUUUUUUUGUUUUUUAUUUAUGUUUUUCGUUUUGUUUCGAUUUUAUGUUUGAUGUUUAAUGCUCUCUCUGCAUCUCUUUCGGAUCGGUGGAUGUUGUCGAUUUAGCCGGAGAAAGUGAUCACGAGGAAUAGUUAAGUAGGGCCACAAAAGAACUCAGUAGUUACCAGUAUCAUUCCCUGUACAAAAUGCAGAUUCCAAAAAAAACCAAUUGAUUUAUUAGCCCCAUGUUGAUUCGUUUGUCCACAAUCACGUCCUGUAGCCGGAUUUGUUUGUUUGUUAUGUGUAUAUGUCUGUAUAUAGGUCAGUAUUAAGCGUUGUACCAAAUUGUUGUUUAUAUACUUAUAUACUCGUAUAGUGAAAUGUGACACUCAGCUUUGAUUGAUUAUAGAUAUUUAGUUUAGUAGCAGGGGUAUUGAGCCCAAAGUUGCGUCUGCAGCUGGCAGCUGGUGAGUCCGGUGCCUGUGAUCCCCAUUCCGCUCCAGCUGCAGAUUCGUUUGCCCCACAAGAAAAGAUUGUAGACCACAAAAAACAGGUGAGAUUAGUUCGAGGCAAAGGUGUAAGCGUAUUAAACAGUGCGUUCCAUGGCCAUAAGGCAGGCAUAGAGGUCACAACUUUAUAUUUACUCCAUUUGGUGAUUCUUUAAAGGCAGGAUUUUAAUUUAAUUAUUGUUUAACUCUAAGAUUUAUGUUUGAUUUCGAUUAAACCCUUUUAUCUGUUACUUAUAGUUUAUUUUAUCACUUUCCCAAUAGUCCAACAACAACUGUAUUCUUAUUUCGAAUUUGUAUUUAAAAACCUUUUACACUGUAAUUAAAAUUUGUAUUUAAAAUAUUCCUUACUGACCGAAAAUUGUACUUUACAUUUUAUUGGACAUAAUUGUUAAGUACUAUGGUAUCAAAUAACCUUUAUGACUAAAUGUUGGAUGAGGCUGUCUGAAAUACAGUGCGUUUGAUAACAAUAAAACAGUCGCAAGUGAGGACUUCGAAGAAGUAUUAAUCCUAUAGCAUUUGGAUUGCAUCCAAUUGCAUUUUGAUACCAAAUUAAGUACACAAAUCGAAAUUAGUAAAUUGAAUAACGACCGAAAACUGUUUUAUGGACCUGAAACGUCCAAUCCACAACCAUUCUAGUACUAGGCAAAAUGGCACUUUGACGAUUCAUCCCAGUGAGCCAAACGUAUCCCACUUAAGACCCACAUCCAGGUAGACCUUCUAGGCGCUUUCAAUCUAUUUAUGUAUUGCAGUUGUACACUUUUAUGUGAAAAUGCGAAAUAAAGAUCGCUAUUUAUGUA